GAUAAAACUCAGGUUUUACAACAGGUAGAGGGGAUUCAUCAAACACUAAUCAGUACGGAAACAGAUAUCCAAGCAAUUCGAGACAAACGGUCACUAACAGAAGAGUAUACACGGGUUCUGGAGCAAACCAACAAUAUAACAGAUACAAUACUGGUACAAGUGGAACAACUUCCCAGCGUUCUAGAACAGAAGUAAGGGGUGCACCUUACAAUGGGCCUAGAUAUGUUGACAGCAAUGGUCAUUACGUUGAUGCACACGGACGCCAUUUAGACUCAACCGGUCGUUAUUAUGAUGUAAGUGGACGCUACAAUGAUGCCACAAUGACAAGCAUGCAGACAUACCAGCAUGUCUAUUCCGGAAGCAACGGAGGUUUACCUUCUUCGGGAACUAACUCGGGUUACUAUAACAACAAUAGAAGAUAUACUAGUGGGACAAGUUCCAGCAAUGGGUAUUACGACAGUUCGGGGAGGUUUAUACCUUACCAGAGUGGAACAUAUGGCAAUAAUCAAGGUGGUAGUUAUGUAGACGCCGCCGAUAGAAGCAGACCUGUAAAUAGUUAUGGUGGAACACAGUUCUAUAGCGGUGGCAGUAGCUACCAGACGACUUAUGACCCCAUUACAUCACAAAUAUCUUCUGAUCCUACUUGUACAGCCAUGAACGUCCGUGUCACUAUCAACGGACUAUCGUGCACGAACGCUGUAGCACAGCUCGGACCUUACGUCUGUUACAAUUAUGAAAGAGUGUCCACUGAAUGUUGCGAACGGUGUUUACAAGUGAAAAAUUCCGAGAAUACUGGAUGUGAAUAUGGUGACAGAUCACAACAAUGUCGAGAUAUUAAUCCGUAUGAUUGUUACAAUGAAAGAAACAGGCAGGUAUGCUGUGAUAGAUGUCGAAUAUUUAGAGAACAAAGAGCUCAAUCUAGUACAGUUGGUUGUGAGUACUGGGAUAUGACACCACGUUGUGAAAUGAUUAUACAAAAACCACAUCUGUGUUACCAGCCAGAAAAUCAAAGGGUUUGUUGUCAUACUUGUCCUAGGCUGGAAAAUAGACAGGAGCCAGAAUGUAGAUGGGGCAAUCAGAGUCCAGACAUGUGUAGACCAUACAGCGCUGACGGAAAACUGAGGAUAGAUUGUUACAUUCGAGAAGUCCAAGAAAUUUGUUGCGCUUCUUGUAAAAGCCUCAGGCAAAGAAUUAGAGAAAAUAUUCCCGGUUGUGAGUACGGGGAUUCUCCCGUGUUGUUCUACAGUGGGGGAGAGGCGUUGGACUGCCCUGCAUACAUCAGCCAGUAUGGCCUGGACAAUUGCGAUGAUCCAGAAAUUUCAAGGAAGUGUUGUUAUACUUGUUACAGAUAUAGACAAGCUCGGGGUUAAACACUGGAAAGUUUACCUGACACAUGCGUGCCUCACAAUAUCAAUGACACGAGACAAUGUAUACGUGUUAAUAAUAGGAGAAUCAAAUAAAAACAAAAAACAAAAUGGAUAUGGAAGUGCUUUAAUCGUCAUUUUACUUUGAUUUAAGAUUUUAGGUUGAUAUAUAUUAUCUCUUUAAUUGCAAAAAAAAGAUAAUAUAUAAGAGCGUUGUCUGACUGACUCUUAAAUCAUUCUUGAAAUCUGGUUUAUUAUUGGGUAUCCCGUGACGUUAUGCACGUGACCAUGUUUUUAGUAAAUUUAUUAUUAUCGAGGCAAUGUUGCAUAAAGCUUUCAUUAUUUGUAUACAUCAAUAUUGACAAGGGGUGUCGAAAAUUCAUUUAUGGAAGCAUUCUGUUAAUCGCAUCUUGAGUAUUUACAAAGGCAAAUUGUGAGCACUCGAGACACCAUUUUCUCAACUUGAAAGCUCUAAGCAAUUACGUACAGAUACCCACACUUAUUUUAUACUUUUAGCGCAAUAAAAAAGCAAAAAUGUAAUAAUUAAUUACUUGCGCAACCCUUGUACCACUGAGUAAUGAAAACGGUAUCGUGUUCGACUAAUAUUAAAUAAAUUCUUGCUUAUUCCAUUUGUUAUGUAUGAUGUUGCUUAAUAAAACAAAUUCAUCUAGCCAUUA